AUGCUGUCCUCAACGCAUGUCCGUCUGACCCGCACGUCUUCUGACUUGCGUUUGCUUGCCAUCACGCUUUGCCCUCCGUCACCUAUUCUCAAAUCAAGUGACCUAUUAUCACCAAGCACGUCUGGUGAAAUACCGCUCAUCAUCGACUUUGUGAUCGACAAAUUUUCUACGCCCUUGAACUCGCCUCUCAGGUUUGGAUAUGACACCGACGUAUGCACCCCGCCGAAAUCGAGUAGACUUGAAAUAGACAUAGCAGCUACACAGGGAAAGGUCUCGAAGUUGCCUAGGUCCCAGAUGACAGCCUCCUCACUGGCAGGACUGUCCUCUAAUCUUGCAAGCCCCCGCAGUAUCAGCGAAUCGCUGCUUGAUGAAGUCUUUUUCACUCCAAAGUCGUCUCAGUCAUCCCAGUCGCUCGUUUCUGCCCCCUCUCCUUCCCCAAGCCCCCUGUCCAAGUCUCUGUUCCAGUUGACACAUAUUCGUAGCUUGGCUGUAUCGGACUCAGUCGGCUCGUCGCUGUCAGAAACCCCCAGUGCUAGGACUGUUCUCGGAGGUGCAAACCGACAAGCCUGGGUUUUCAACUCGAGAAUGACUUCCAAUUUAGCUGUUCCUGUUCCUAUAGAGGACAAAGAGAACGAGCAAACUAUAUACCUUGGCACAUCAGCGACAUUCUCGACACUGCCGACACCUUCCUUUGCUCCUCCGUCGCCGUCGCCUAGCGUAGAUGUGAUUUCCCCGAUAUCUUUUACAUACUCCAGGAGACAUCGCAGACCACUGGAGCGCUCAGGAGCCAUUCAUCACUUGAAGACCCCUCGCUCAAUCCCAAGGACCUCUCGGUUACAUCUACAUGCCCGUGAGCCCCAGUCCCCGGUCAUUGCACCUGUACGCACAACCCGCCGGCAGCUCACUGACUCCCCUUCGGCAAGCUCCAUACAUUCGUGUCCUUCUGCAAAUACUACCGCAGGCGACUCAGGCAUCUCUAAGCAUCCCUAUCUUCCACGCGAUCUAGCUUGGCUCGGAGGGACUGAAGUUGAACUCUGGAUCGACCAGGAAGGCUUCCGCGCGAUCCGGCCCAUGAUGCGACUUAUGGGGUAUUCCCCACGCUCCCGUUCACUGCUUCCAUAUGGCGAGCGUGGCGUCUCCUCCGACGUGAGCGGAGGCGUUGCGGAGUUUAUGCCAGUCAAGCGCGAGAGCUUCGCAUUCCACUAUGCGACUCUCGAUGGUCCGCCGAUGCUACGGCGCGUCAGUGUGGGCGGGGACGAGUCGCGUGACUAUCUCUCCCGGCACGCGGCGUUGAACAUCAAGACGAACGGUGUGUAUACCGUUCUGGGGAGCGAGAGCAUGGCGCUGGGAGGCUCGCAGGAACACGUGAAGAUGCAGUGGAAGUUCGAUUACCUCGUGGACGACCGUUACACGGACGGUUCGCGGCGGGUCCUCCCCGGCGAGAAAAUCAUCACACCACUGACGUUUUCGUGUUCUCCAUUCCUGCUGCACCCAAUGCAGGGUAAGAAGGUCGGGUUCGUGCAUCUCAUGAAGAAGAGCGUCGUGCCGAAGCUCUCCGCGGAGAAGUUGGAGCCGCCUGAGCGUCCCAAGAACGUCGGACAGUUGAACCAAGUACAACGAAUGGCGAGUCGCAGGCGGAUGCGCAGGCAUGGGCCGUCCAGGUCGGAUGCCCAUGCAAACCCGGGAGGAGUUCUUACAUUGGCAAGCGAUGCCCUGGUUGGAAGCUCUCCCUUGGGACCGUCGAAGGGCGGCAGAAUACUCGAAGGCACCAGACAAAUGCAAUACACUCGGAGACGGAGGGCCUCAUCAGCUGGAGAACACGGUUACGUCCGUUUGCAUGAACUUAUGUCUGCCCCACCAGUCACUAUUGCCGAGCUGACCGAAGAUAAUCACACUCAGAAACGAAGACCCACCCCGAGCUCGCCUGAACACAACACCGCGGUCUACACACCAUCAUGGAUAUCUGAAAGGAUGCCAAGAUGA